ACCCCCAGCGCGCCUCACGUUGCAUGGGUCCCCGGUUAUUGAUAACACCGUUUACCCGCUGGGAUCCAUCCCAGUAACGUGGAACAACUCGUGGAAAAUAGUCGCUGGGAACCGGAGAGGCUCGCCUGGAACGGAGGAAAACAACAACCAGCUCACUGAGGCGGACAAAUACAAAGCCGAGCCCACCCUCUCACUUGACAACGCGACAUCAACCAAGGCAAGGAAGGAAGAAAAGUUAGUGUCAGCUUCAACAGAUAUGUGUAGUGGUAAAGGCAGUCAAUUCAGCACCGGACAGCUCUAAAAUGCUCUGCUUUUUUCUCACCUCUUGCUCCUCCAUCCUCUCUAACCUGCAGUGUUGGGGAAACCCCUGAUGAGUGGGACCUGUAUCCAUGAGCCCCGCGCCCCUUCCCCUUCCCUGUCAGGCUUCAGCACCCCCAUCUCAGAACCCCCCUAUCGGAGACUCGAUGGAGACACCCCUGCUUGCACCCCCGAAACGGACCUGACCCCCACACAGUGUGUGCUUCGUAACGUACUGUCCAUUGAACCCACCGUGCACGGGGCGCCAGGCGGCAGCAGCCCGAGCCCCAGCGAUGGAUGCACAGCCCACUUCGACAACAGCGUGCUAAAACUCCAUGAACAUGAGGCCUGCCAGUGUGGCGGGAGCGGCGGGGCCGAAGCUGGCCACAGUCCGGAGGCUGGAGCUGUUCGGGGCCAGUCGGAGAACAAUAGGCUCCAGUCAGGCAGUGGAGGAUUUUUGGAGGGACUAUUUGGCUGCCUGAAGCCAGUCUGGACCAUGAUUGGAAAAGCCUACUCCACUGAACACAAACAUAACCAUGAAGAGUCCUGGGAGGUUCCUUUUGAGGAAAUUUCCGACCUGCAGUGGGUGGGCAGCGGGGCGCAGGGGGCCGUCUUCCUUGGGAAGCUGCACGGAGAAGAAGUGGCCGUUAAGAAAGUGCGGGAUAUCAAAGAGACUGAGAUCAAGCACCUGCGCAAGCUCAAGCACCCAAAUAUCAUCACUUUCAAAGGUGUGUGCACCCAGGCUCCGUGUUACUGUAUCCUGAUGGAGUACUGUGCUCAAGGCCAGCUGUAUGAGGUGCUGAGAGCGGGCCGUAAAAUCACCCCCUCCCUCCUGGUUGACUGGUCCAUGGGCAUCGCGGGUGGCAUGAACUACUUACACCUCCACAAAAUCAUCCACCGAGACCUGAAAUCUCCAAACAUGCUGAUCACACAUGAUGACAUGGUGAAGAUUUCUGACUUUGGCACCUCGAAGGAGCUCAGCGACAAGAGCACCAAGAUGUCAUUUGCCGGCACUGUAGCCUGGAUGGCUCCUGAAGUCAUUCGGAACGAGCCAGUGUCAGAAAAAGUGGAUAUUUGGUCUUUCGGAGUGGUGCUGUGGGAGAUGCUAACUGGGGAGAUUCCUUACAAAGAUGUCGACUCUUCUGCCAUCAUCUGGGGCGUGGGAAACAACAGCCUGCAGCUGCCUGUCCCUGAGAGCUGCCCUGACGGCUUCAAGAUCCUCCUCAGACAGUGCUGGAACUGUAAGCCCAGAAAUAGGCCCUCUUUCCGACAGAUCCUCCUUCAUCUGGAUAUAGCCUCAGCUGACGUACUCUCCACCCCACAGGAAACAUACUUUAAGUCUCAGGCUGAAUGGAGAGAGGAGGUGAAACAGCACUUUGAGAAGAUUAAAUCCGAGGGCACUUGUCUUCAUCGGCUCGACGAGGAACUGAUUAACCGCCGCAGGGAGGAGCUCAGGCAUGCUUUGGACAUUCGUGAACACUAUGAGCGGAAACUAGAGAGGGCCAAUAACCUUUACAUGGAGCUCAGUGCUGUGAUGCUGCAGCUGGAGCUUAAAGAGAAAGAAUUGCAAAGGAGGGAACAGUCUUUGGAUAAAAAGUAUCCGGGUUUGUUCAAGCACCACAGCUCAAGACAGAGCAGCUCUUCCAACUCCAUGGACAAGCUCAUCAAAAAAAGAAACGUCCCACAGAAACUGCCCUCCGGAAAAAGGCCAGACAUCCUGAAGUCUGAGGUAAUCCUUCCCAAAAUGGAUUCCUCUGUGAUGCAAGUCACGAUCCCCGCCUGCCCCAACAGGAGCUCCACUUCUCCCAGCCGAUGUCGGAGAGUGAAAACCCGGCAUCGCAAGCCCGGCAAGGGCAGCAGCGGGGACCUCGCUGGUCUCAAAGCAAACCAGUCGUCCUCCAACAGGGAGACGUCAGCGCAGGCCAACAACGCCACCACCAACAACUCCAAGCAGCUCCUGGAGCCGGCGGCGGCCCUGCGGGGUCUCAGCCACGAGCAGCAGCACAGGCAGCUGUCCUCCUCCAGCCCAGACCUCAUCUGCACCACGCUGGAGGCAGAGGGCCAGAGGAAAAGGGAGCCCUCAGCCAGCGGACUGGAGAGAGGGGGCAGCCUCAGCGCCUCGGCUGGGUUGGGGGGAUCAGAGGGCGGGGUCGGGGGUCUGGAUGACCUCACGGAAACGCCUCCACGCAGCGACACUCCAAGCGAGGACGCCGCGUCGUUCCCGUUCUCCAGCAGCCCAGAUUCGCCAUGUGGGAGGGGGGCAGCUGGAAGAGGGUCGCUGGGAUCUCCCCGUCUUCCUCAUGACGGCGACGACAAGGAUGAAGGAGCCAGCGCCGUGAGGAUACCUCGGGGGGCUUCCGGGGGCGUCGGGACUCAGCACCUGACACCUUCAGCCAUUUUGUACAGGGCAGCUAUCACACGCAAGCAGAGGCGUGGAGUUUCAUCCGAAGAGGAGGAGGGUGAAGUUGACAGUGAGGUUGAGCUGCCACGGAGACGCCGUCCGACCAGCAUCACCAAGUGCCAGUCGGUUUCCACCUUCAGCUCUGAAAACCUCUCGGUGUCAGACGGCGAGGAGGGCCACACCACUGACCACUCUCACAGCGGCACGCCCGACGUCGUCAGCACGAACACGGACGACAGGUUGGAUGACCGCAGCGACGACCUCCUCUCCCAGGGGUCAGAGAUCCCAGCAGACAACACCGAUCCUGCGCAGGCGUCUGACGGCCUGUCGGAGAGGGAUGGCGCUCCGGGCCAGAGCAAAGCUCAGCUGGACACCGGGCAGAAUCCUAAUGAGAACCGAGCCUUGUGUGAUGAUUCUGACUGCGACAGCGUCGAGCUGGACCAGUCAGGCAGCGGAGAGCCCAGUCGACCUCCCAGUGCCGGAGCAUGGGUGUCUCCGUCCCAACCCUAUCAAGGGUCUCCACAGAUUCCCAACACAGGACCUCCUCCAUAGAUCACCACACGCAAAACAAAGACCUCCGGCCACCCUACAAUGAGCAAACAACACAGGCGCACCAAUCUGUCAGUGCAGUACAUUACUGUUGCCAUGAAGAACCACACCUACAACAACACUCAGACAAUGACAAGUAGCUUAUGGUGUCUCAUAAGUUUGUUGGCGGGUAAACCUGUAUCAGAUGACAUAGGUCGUUUGGCGUAAACACGACAAAUAUAAUCAGAUACUGUAAUUUUGGCAGCUUGUGACAUCAGUUAAAUGUCAUUUACGUUAAGUAGGGUUGUUUUUAGGAAACAUAGUUACCACGUUAACCUUAGGCACUGCGCCAGUUCAGCAAAAACCCAUCAUUAGAUGUGCACGCAUGCACAAGAAGAUACUACACUCUUUAAAGUAGUCCUUAAAACACUUUAACCCUCACUCUGGGAGCAUCCUCCAUGACUCUCCACACUCUAAUGCAUCAAAUACUAAUGAGAAAUAAUGUAAAUAGACAGUAAGAACCACAAGAAAUGUCUAACUUUAUUUUAUAUGUAAGAUAACAUGUAAGAUUAAACUGUAUGCAGCCCGGUGAACAAAUGCAUGACUACAUGUUUAUAAUUUAUGGUUUGAAUGUGUCUGUUUUCUAUUUUGUGAAAGUUUACACUUUUUUAAUCCUGAAAGUCUUCAGUUAUCUACUUUUUGUUUAAUAAAUGUCGGCAUCACAAAAGAAAAAAAAAAAAAUCCAACGAAUGAAUUAUGAAAACACUUACAGGGAAUUCAAUAUUAUUUCUGAACUCUUACUAAGUUUUAAACUAAUGACACGCAUACGGUUUUUACUGGGUUUAAUAAAUCAGCUAAGAAAAAGGAAGACUUUAGGGUUCACUCAAAUUGCACCUCUACCAUUUUCAACUUGACGCUGUUCGGCAAUAGAAACAUAAAAUGUCUGCACAGAAUCUUGUGUUUUCUAUUUCCCCAAGUCUGAUUCAAACUGCGCUAAAUUCCCCCCCAAAAAUUAUUUUAUUGCUUUAAAACAUUUUAGGAACAUAUCUUCCUUUUUUCACCAGUUCUUCAAAGUUAUUAAUCCCAAUGCACCUGUGCUAGCUGCUAAUGCUGACUGCACUUUGUCCUUGGUGACCAUCAUCACAUUUAUAAAGAUAAACUGAUUAUUUUUCAUUUCAAUUUCACGAACUUUUCUCACUUGUGAAAUUUGGCACUAAUUUUGCAACACGCUCGGUGCUAGCUGCUAAUGCUAAGUGAUUUUUCUUAUUUCUUAGGGGUCUGCUGAACUAAAGAACAUAAACAUUUUAAUUUUGCACUUUGUCCUUGCUGAUAACAUUCUCAAGCGAAAGCUGAUUUGUUGAAGGAAGAACAUAUAUAUUUAAGUUUUGCAAAUUUUUACUUGUAAGCAUUUGGCUCUAAAGUUUAAUGCAAACUGAACCAUUUCUUAACUAAGUAAAGUACUUUUACAGAACUAUUAGUUCUGUAAUCUUCUAUUACAGCACUUUCAACUUACUUAUAUCACAACCAACAACUUGAUUUGUUUAGGCAAGGCCAUUUUUUAAAUUUAUUUUUACCAAUUCUUAUCUCCUGUCAAACUUUGGCGCUAAUAUUUAUUACAACGCACACUAUGCUAGCUGCUAAUAAUAACGCAAGUCUUUUGGGCCUGCUGACCCAAAGGUCUGUGAGAUAAACUAAAGAACUUAAACCUUUUCCACACUGCACUUUGUCCUUGUUGACCAAUAUCACAAAAAAAAUCAAUUUUGAUCAAGCAAGAUUUUUAUUUUUAAUCGAAUCCAUUUUUCCUCAUUUGUAAAAAUUCACCGCUAACAUUAAUAACUCACACAGUUAGCUGCUAAUGGUAACUGAAGUCGUUUAGUUCUGUUGAACAGCCGCAGUUAGUCUUAAGCAGCUGCAAAGUUGUAACAAUUAAACAUACACUGCUUCUAACUACAUGUUCUCCACUUUUGACCUCCUACAGACCUUGUUAUUCACAAGAAUAACAGUUUAGUUUUAACCUUACUAGAUCAUGUUACUCAAAUUAAAUUCUGUGCAGCCAGUUCUUAAGAUAUGAAGAACCCAAUGAACUGUUAUUGAAGAUACACAAAGUUCAAUGGAACAUUUUGGCUGUUUUUAUUAUUUAUUUAUUUUUUAUUUUAUGCAACUACAGGGUUAGCAAAGGGCUUAUCACCUUGGUAGGGUGCACAAAGACUUCCAAGUUUGAAAGUUUCCCUUUACGUUGACGUUCCAUGAAAGAAGCAUUAAAAGAAGUCACAGUAGUACUCAGUUAAAUUUUAAUAUUAAUUAACGUGUAAAUUAGGAGGUGAUCUUUUUUUUUUUUUGUAAUGAACCAAAAGGCCUCCUUGGACUUCAUGAUGUUUGCAGGCCUCUUAAAACCUCAACCUUUCCUUUGACCCUUUAAGGUGACUGCAGGAGAAGCUGAAUAAAUAAUAGAGCACUUCUCCAUGGUUUCUAGAAAACUAAGUAUCCGUUGGGUUUAAGUGUCUAUUUUGUUUUUAUACAGCAUUGCACAUUGUACCAGUACCAUAGAAAUUAUAUCAAAUGCAGAAUAUAAUGAGCAAGAGUAAAUAACGUAUUGGUUUAAAACAAAUGUGUGAUCUUUAAAAAGAAGGGGCCAUGUUAUUAUAGCUGCAGUUUAUUCUGUUGCUGUGUCACGUGAGACAGCUGAAUGAGAAAUAAAUUAUUUUCAAUGACUUUAAGCAUG